GCGCGGCGGGGGGGAGGCGGGUUGGCGGGCGGGCGGGAGGAGCGCGGGGGAGCAGCCGCCGCGGCCCCUGCGCUCGCCGCCCCGAUGCCGGCGGGCACGGAGCAGCCGGGGGGCGCCGCGGAGCAGCCGCCGGCCGAGCGGCCGCCCUCGGGCCGCCGCCGUCCGCCGCCGCCGCCCGCCGAGCAGGGGGAGGAGUCCGCGGGCAGCCGGGUGCUGCGGGGCGGCCGCGAGCGGGGCCGCGCCGCGGGGGGGGGAGCGGGAGCCGCCGCCGCCGCCGCCUCCCGCCGCCGGAAGGCCGAGUAUCCGCGGCGCCGCCGCAGCAGCCCCGCGGCCCGGCCCGCCGCCGAGACGCCGCCCGCCGCCGAGACGCCGCCCGCCGCCAAGAAGGGCGCCCCCCGGGCCGGGUGCACGGAUAAAGCAGCUGGUAAAGAUCCCAAAGAAGAGAAAGAGGAGGAGGAAGUCUCCGGUGUUCUCAGCCACGGCUCUCCCGUCAGCACGGCCAGGCCCAGCCGAAGCUGGCGCAGUAGCAGAUCGGCCACCGCUGCCCGCCAGCGUGAAGCGGAGAACUUGCGUGCCUCCAGAUCCAAGACUGGUUCCCUGCAGCUCGUCUGCAAGUCGGAACCAAACACGGACCAGCUUGAAUAUGAGGUCACAGAAGAGCAUCAGUCUCCAGCUGGAAUCAGUGACGAUGAGGAGGAGAUGCUCAUCAGCGAGGAAGAAGUUCCCUUCAAAGAUGACCCAAGAGAUGAAACCUAUAAACCCCACUUAGAAAAGGAAGCUCCGAAGCAAAGGAGAAAAGCCAGCAAGGGGAAGGAGGAAAAAGAGAAGCAGAAAGAGAUUAAAGUGGAGGUGAAAGAAGAAAGUGAGUUUCAGGAAGAUGAAGAACCUCCAAGGAAGAGAGGAAGGAGGAGAAAGGAUGACAAGAGCCCAAGGCUGCCCAAGAGGAGGAAGAAGCCUCCAAUACAGUAUGUCCGCUGUGAGAUGGAAGGCUGCGGCACCGUCUUGGCUCACCCACGUUACCUGCAGCACCACAUAAAGUAUCAGCACUUGCUGAAGAAGAAAUACGUGUGUCCCCAUCCCUCCUGCGGUCGGCUCUUCCGGCUCCAGAAGCAGCUCCUGCGGCAUGCCAAACACCACACAGAUCAAAGGGAUUAUAUCUGUGAAUACUGUGCCCGGGCCUUCAAGAGUUCUCAUAACUUGGCAGUGCACCGGAUGAUCCAUACCGGCGAGAAGCCCCUGCAGUGCGAGAUCUGUGGGUUCACCUGCCGGCAGAAGGCUUCCCUGAACUGGCACAUGAAGAAGCAUGACGCGGACUCCUUCUACCAGUUCUCCUGCAACAUUUGUGGCAAGAAGUUUGAGAAGAAGGACAGCGUCGUGGCCCACAAAGCCAAGAGUCACCCCGAGGUGCUUAUCGCUGAAGCGCUGGCUGCCAACGCGGGUGCCCUCAUCACCAGCACCGACAUUUUGGGCACUAACCCCGAGGCCAUCGCGCCGCCCACCGACGGCCAGGGCCUCCCCCUUCUUCCCGACCCCCUGGGAAGCGCCGCCCCAGCAGAUUGCCUGCUGCUGAACCCCGACGGGAUGCCGAAGACGUACUGCGGCGGGGCGGAGCGCGUGAGCCUGGUGGCUGACGGCAAGCUCUUUGUGGGCAGCGGCAGCAGCGCGAACCCCGAAGGGCUGGUCAUGAACACAGAGAUCCUGGGAGCCACCACGGAGGUGCUCAUCGAAGAUUCAGACUCCACCGGACCCUAGUGGGCGGGGAGCACGCGGGUGCUGGGACAGUUUGGACUCUGUAUUUAAAAGGAAAAAAAAAAGAAAAAAAAAAAAGGAGAAACUUAUUGAAAGAGAGAAAAGUUAAACAAAACUUAAAAUACUAGUAAAUAACCGAAGGGUCUGCUCCCCUCCAGCGUGGAUCACAGCACAUCCUCUUUCUCCCAACCACUUCUCUCUCUUUUUUUCUCUCUCUCUCUCUCCCCCACUGCCCCUUUGUAGAAAGGGGCACAUGCUGCCAUUACCAGAGCAAGCUGGAUCGAGCGACGGAUUUCACCAAGGGAGGGGGAAUGGCCGAAACCCUUCGCUCUGCCCCAAAGCAGAUGCCUUUCUGGCUCCUUGACGCGGCCCCACUUGCGAAUAGAAAGCGUUUGCGCUCUGGACGAGUUUCUUAGGACUCCCGCCCGCCCCUGUGGUCCUGACGUCUAUGCAUCGCUGCACUCCGGUCCUUGCAGUCUCCCCCUUCCUCCCAGGGCUGGGAGUUUGGCUUGGCACUUUAGGCCCCCCCCCCCGCCCCGCUCAGCAGGGCGAGCUGUAAAACGGCGCGCAUCCCUCUCCCCGCCGCGCUGCUCUGCUCUGCUCCGUCUCUGGCAGGGAGUCGAGGGAACGCCCUGGCUCGUAGAUGGUGUUUGCUUGGAGAGGCCUGGGGGCUACGGGAGCCCUGCGUGGGAGAGGCGAGGAGGAGCAUCCCGGUUUGACGACAGUAAUUUGCACUUUGAACGUGUUUCGUUUUUGUGUUGUGGUAACAAGAUUCCUUAUUUAUUGAUAAAAGGGUCGGUAUUUUUUAGUUAUGUUCUCGGGGGAGGGGGGAAGGGUUCGGGCUAUUUCCCAGUAGGCUCCUUUACGCGAGGGAGUUGCAGGGAGCGAGUCGUGCCAUCGUAGCAGCAGCGGGGAGAACGGAGGCGAAGAAGGCGUGCUGGAGUCGCAGCUUUUCCAGGGUAGAGCGAGAGCCCCCGGUGAGGAGCCUCUUUGCAGGGAGAGCUUUAACGGGGAGGACGAGGUGAGUGAUGCAGCGGCCGGCUCUUGCCUCCCUCCCUCCCGGGUCGCACUGAACUCCUUGCAUUAAAUGCCUUUUGUUUUUCCUUUUUCCUUUUGCCUCAUCCCUGCUCCCUAGCCUUGCAGGGAAGAACAUCAUUAGCCAGGAACUCGUUCCCUUGACUUAGGACAGCUGUGAGCUGCUUACUGGUGGGGGAUGUCCUGCUCCUCAUCCAACUCUGCCUCCGCUUUCCAGGUCUAGACAAAGACGCAGAGGCUGGAUGCGGUCGUCUCGGGCUUGUUUAUCCGACGCGACGGACCGAUACGGGCCCGCGGGGCCGUCGGCUUCUCUCCCUGCCCCGGUUUGGGGCAGGGUGGGGGUGUUGUGCGGUCCUGUUCUGCAGGCUCCUCGCUCGGGCACGGACCCCCCUGCUUUCUGUGAGACGUGGUGGUUCAGGUAGUACCCGCCGGUGUAGUUAGGACAGGCCUAGCUGGGCCAAGCUUGGAAAUGUUUGCGUAGCAUAUGACGCGUCUCUGGUAUCGAGACUUGGAUCUUUUUGCUCUGUUAUCCGAAACUUUCCGUGGAGACCCGGUGGCCUUGAAUUCUUGGCGUUUUUGGAAGAGGUGAAAAAUAACCUGGGUGGUUGUUUCUUUUUGUUUUUUUUUCCUUUGUUUGUUUGCUUGUUUUUUUGGUCGGGUUUAUGUGGUUGGGAAUAGAGCUGAAGUAUCUUGUCUGAGCACGAGGUCAGCUAAAUUGGUCUGUAGCACAAAGCUGCUAGGCAGAAUCAGGUAUUUGGGGUUUGGAGGAUGGCAGUAAAAUGUGGAACUUGAUUGGAAACCUUUUUUCCUGGAAAAACUGACUCUAGGCACCUACUCUAUCCCCUGCGCUGCCUGAAAAUCCAACCGUGGCUCAAACCAGACAGCUGUUUUUGGGUCGGUUUUCCUGAUUUUUCUUUAUUUCCCCCCUCCCCACCCCUUCCCUCUCAUUGAACCCUCUGUCAGAGCGAGUCGCAAUGCGUGCGGCGUUGGUUGGGGCGGUUCGUCGUCGGACAGUUCGCAACCCUGCUCGUCUUACGCCCUGGGUAUGGGCAGCGCUCGGGGCGGGGGGGAGACGCGUCCAGCCGGGAGCCCGUUUUGGGGAUGAGGAUGAGGGCUGCGGUGCUGUGUCAGGUCCGCGGUGGUACGGCACGGAGCUAAAACCGCUUUCUUCCCUUGGGAAGAUCUUGCUUGGAUUGUGCGAGGCCCAAAACAUGGUGAUUUCCAGCUAGGAGCUUUUGGGUGGCCAGCCAACCCCCUCCCCUGCCAAGCAAAGCAUCCCGCAGCGCCUUCAAACCUGCUGGCGACGGUUUUACCCCAGCGGCAACUUGAGCCCAGCCAACUCGUAUUUGCGCGGCGGCGUUUCUCCCGGGCUGGAUCGCGGCUGCCGGGAGCGGACAUGCUCUCGUGCCGCGACUCGGCCGUGCCGCCGCUGUGGGCGGCUCUGCCGGAGCAGCAGGGCCUGAACGGCAGCUUCAGCCAGGGGGGACGCGCGGGGCGGGCAGAGCCUCGCACAGAACACUAAAAGGAGCGCUUAGGCUUUUCUUUUUCCGAGGAUGGCACUAAAAUGCUUUUGGGCCGAGAGCUCGCUCGCCUCUGGCGAUGCCGGGCGCCCGGUCGGAGACGCGGGAGGCUGCGUCCUCCUCCACCGCCCGUGUUCCCGGGAUGCAGGGGUGCUCUCGCCUCCCGAGCCCUUCCCAGCCCCGAUCCCCGCCACCCCCCCUCCACCCCCCCGUAGCUUUCUUUUUUUAUUUUAUUUUUUCUUUUUCUGGUCUCAGCCAGUUGCCUGUCUGUCCUCUAACCACAGCCUGCUAACCCCCGGUGCAGGAGAGACUGGUGUAACCCCCUCCCCACGACCGCCGCAGCCCUCCUGCCGCUCCUCCUCUCGAUGUCUCUCCUUCACUCGCAUGCAGUUUGCUUCAAUAAAUUAUUGUAGUAGUUUGCAAUAAACUUUUUUUGUAUUUUU